UAAUAAUUGCUUCAACUAUUGAUGAACUCAUUUCUCCAUCGAAUAAUAGAAACUCCAUUUGGUAAAACUAAAUUGCUAUAUAUGUAAAUUAUUGAUAUAUUCUCUAUUUGUUGAUUGAUUAUCAAGCAGCUUGGGGGUUUAAUCUUACAAUUAAUUAAGAUGGCUUUCAAUAAUGGAACCCAACAAAAGUGUAAGGCUUGUGAUAAAACGGUUUACAUUGCGGAGAUGGUUUCUCCCGCCGGCGUUGCAUAUCAUAAUACUUGUUUCAGAUGCGCCCAAUGCAACGGCCGACUUGCGUUGAGCAAUUAUUCCUCCAUGGAUGGGGUGUUGUAUUGUAAGCCGCAUUUUGAACAAACACUUAAGGAGAAAGGGGUUACUGUAAGGUCCAAUUCAAUUGGGAAGCAAGGCGAUUUGGCAAGGACCCCUAGCAAACUUUCUUCUGCAUUUUCUGGAACCCAAGAAAAGUGUGCCGUCUGCAAAAAAGUUGUGUACCCAUUGGAGAAGGUAACCGUGGAUGGAUUCUUCUAUCACCAAAACUGUUUCAAGUGCUCCCAUGGAGGAUGCAAGCUCACAACCUCUUCAUACGCUGCAUUAGAUGGACUCCUCUAUUGUAAACCUCACUUCUCUCAACUAUUCAAAGAGAAGGGUAGCUAUAAUAAUCUUAAUAGGAGUAACUCCGGCAAGACGAGCGGUGCUUCGGCCGCUAACGGUGAACCUAAGCCCGGGGAUUUGCAAAGUGACAUUGCUAAGGACGAAGAUACCGUGGCCAUUCAAUGAAAAAUCAUCUCAAAGGCCAGAGAGACUUGCAUGUAAUGGGAAUUAAGUGAAUUGAAUUUUGGGGAAGCUUGACUACCUGCUUACAUUUAUUACUUUUAUUUUAUUAUUAUUUCCACAAAUUGAUCAAUCAACAAAUUUUGAAGGCACUCUUUGAUGCCUUUCUUUUUUUAAUUUUGAUAACAGAAAAUUAGACUGUGAAUAUAUCAUAUUAUUAUCUUCUCUGUGUAAUAUUGAUGCUUGUAUGCAGUGGCGGAAUUAGGGGGGGCGAGCCGGUGCUGCCGCCCCGUUCGCUGGAGAUUAUAUUGUAGUGCAUAUAUAUGUAUAUGUAUCCUUUCCGAUGUAUCAAAAAAAAAAAUAUGUAUAUGUAUAUAUUCAGCCCCGUCUCUAGAAUAAUGAUAAAUAUUAUCUGACCCGUGAUUGGAUCAACAGUUGAUGUAGCACUGAUGGUUAAGCGUAAUACCAAUUUGGGGAUGACAUGGGUUCGAUUCCUGUUGAACCCUUUCUUGUUUAAUAAUACUAGUAAUUCGUACAGUAGUAUUUAUUAUACUUCCCACCACUCCAAAUUUUAACUGUUCUCUAAACUUGUUAUUGUUGCACUUUUAUUGUUUCAAUUCAAUUUACCUUU